UCUACUAAAGACCGGAGAGAUUGACAUCCCACCCUACUCGAAGCCAACAAACUCCCCCUCUCUCUCAAAUCCCUCAAUACUCCCCCAACCACCCCAUUUCUCCUUCCGUUCCCUUUUAUUCACUCCUCUGAUCAUGAUCUCCUUCUUCCAAGUCCAAUGACCUCCAUCAAGACAAAUCCCCCGCAACCACUUCCUAAUUAGAUCUUCCUAUUGCCACCUACUACCACCACCACUUCAAGAAUAGGAAGCAAUUCAUUAAGAUGAGAGCAGGAGGUUGCACAGUGCAACAAGCUCUAACCCCAGAGGCAGCGAGCGUAGUCAAGCAAGCCGUGAACCUGGCACGCCGGCGAGGCCACGCCCAAGUGACCCCCCUUCAUGUCGCCAACACCAUGCUCUCAUCCUCCACGGGCCUCCUCCGCGCCGCCUGCCUCCAGUCUCAUUCCCACCCCCUCCAGUGCAAGGCUCUCGAGCUGUGCUUCAACGUCGCCCUGAACCGCCUCCCCGCCUCCUCCUCCUCCACCCCCAUGCUCAGUCCCCACCAGGUCCACCACCACCACAACCACCCGUCCCUCUCCAAUGCCCUCAUCGCCGCCUUUAAGCGUGCCCAGGCUCACCAGCGUCGUGGUUCCAUCGAGAGCCAGCAGCAGCCCCUGCUCGCAGUCAAGAUUGAGCUGGAGCAGCUCAUAAUCUCCAUCCUCGAUGACCCGAGCGUGAGCCGAGUCAUGAGGGAGGCUGGCUUCUCAAGUACUCAAGUGAAGACCAAUGUGGAGCAGGCUAUCUCUUUAGAUAUAUGUGCAUCCACCCCUCCUAACCCUAGUCCUAGCAAGCCCAAGGAGGUCACCAGCCCUUUCACCCCUCCCCAAGUGACCAAAAUCACUAGGCCUUUGGAUCAAGUGCGGAGCGAGGAUGUGAUGGGCGUGCUGGAGGCUUUAGUAAGUAGGAAGAAGAGUCUCGUAAUAGUAGGGGAGUGCUUAGCCACCACUGAGGGAGUUGUGAGAGGGGUGAUGGAUAGGGUGGACAAAGGGGAAGUGCAUGAGGUUCUAAGAAACUUGCAGUUUAUCACUCUCCCGCUCUUCUCUUUUGUGCAUAUGUCUAGAGAGGAAGUUGAUCAAAAGGUUCGGGAGCUGAGGUGCCUUGUGAAGAGUUGUUGCGUGGGGAGAGGAGCUGUGUUAUUCUUGGGGGAUCUCAAAUGGGCUGCAGAGUAUAGGGCUAGCUGUGGGGAAAAGGGGAGGAGCUACUAUUGCCCUGUGGAGCAUGUGAUCAUGGAGAUUAGGAGUUUGGUCUGUGGUGGUGGCAUCGGAGGGGAGAGCAGUAGUCCUCUUAGGUUUUGGCUUAUGGGAAUUGCAACGUACCAGACUUACAUGAAGUGUAGGAUUGGAAAUCCUUCACUGGAGGCUCUCUGGGAUCUUCAGCCUCUUACGAUUCCUGCCGGCAGUCUGGGAUUGAGUCUCAAUUGUGACAGUGGUCCACAAAACCAAUUGAAAAGCAAGAGGAAUGGAGAUGGGUCUUGUUGGUCACUGUUAGAAGAUGGACUGGGAAGUCAGCUCACUUGCUGCGCCGAUUGCUCCAUCAAGUUCGAAACCGAGGCUCGAAGCCUACCAAACACUUCUUACAGUAGCAAUGGCUCAACCACCUCAAGUCUACCUUCAUGGCUCCAACAAUAUAAAGAAGAUGAUAGAAGGACAGCUAGCAAUGACCAUGGCUGUCUUCAGCUUAAAGAUAUCUGCAAGAAGUGGAACACCAUAUGCAGUACAUCCCACAGAAGCCAUCCAUCUGAGAUGACUCUAAAUUUCUCUUCAGCUUCUCCAUCUUCUUCGUCCAUCUCUUCGUAUGAUCUCCGCUACCCAACAUUGCACCAGAGCCACCAGUCUUGGUCAUUGCCACUCGAGGGCAGACAUCCAUGGAGGGAGCAUCAGUUCUGGAUAUCAGAAGAUAUCGAUGAAGGCUUCGAGUCCAACUCAAGAAUCUACUCGCAGGAGCACAUGGGACAAAGGGCUUCACCCUUACCCUUUUCCAACACUAAGCCGAACCCUAAUUCAACUUCUUCAAGUGACACCAUGGACAUGGAGAGUCUCCCCAGGUUCAAGGAGCUCAAUGCUGAGAAUCUAAAGACGUUGUGCAAUGCGCUGGAGAAGAAAGUCCAUUGGCAGAAAGGCAUAAUCCCAGAGAUUGCAAGCACCAUCCUCCAGUGCAGAUCAGGGAUGAUGAGAAAGAAACGGAAGUGGAGGUUAGCUGGGCCCAAGGAAGAGACGUGGUUAUUCUUUCAAGGAGGUGACACCGAAGGCAAAGAGAAGAUAGCUAGAGAGCUGGCGAGUCUUGUAUUUGGUUCUCCCACCAGCUUCAUUUCUAUAGGGCUCAGCACCUUUGCAACAGCUCGGUCUGAUUCGAGUGAUGAUCUCCGAAAUAAGAGGUCGAGAGCAGAAGUGAGCCAUAGCUAUCUCGAGAGGCUCUUUGAAGCAAUUCAUGAAAACGCGCACCGUGUUAUUCUGAUGGAUGAUAUCGAGCAAGUCGACUAUUACUCUCAAAUAGGAAUCAAGACAGCUAUAGAGAAAGGAAAAAUACAGAGGUACGAUCGCGAGGAAGUUGGUGUUAAUGAUGCUAUCAUCAUCUUGAGUUGCGAGAGCUUCGACUCGAGAUCAAGGGCUUGCUCUCCUCCGGUUAAGCAGAAGGUGGAGAGUGAGGAGGAGAAGGAAGAAUCUUCUGAGAAGGAGUCCGGUUCAUGUCUUUGUUUAGAUUUGAAUCUUUGUGCCAGAGAUGAAGAUGUGGUGGAUUGUUCCUUUGAUGAUGUGGGGUUUCUCCAGUUGGUGGAUGGCGCGUUCUUUUUCAAAUUGCCAGAGGACUCGGAGUGCAUGUGAUUGUUAAAUUUCUUGGUUGUUUCUUUUACCAUGAUGAAUCUUGGCCUUUUCCCCUCCUUUAAUUUUUUGUGAAUUAUGAGAUGAGAGCAAGGAAGAGUGUGGUUGCUUAAGUUAGAUGAACGUAGGAAGCACUUGUAUAUUAGUAGUUAUAUUUGUGGCAUUGGUUUAUGGGUUAUUUUCUUAUGAGUUUUUGAAUGUUAAUAUAGUUUGGUUAAUAGUUUCC